AGCGAUGAGUACCGUAAAAAAACGCCUUGGUGUGAGAAUUUCCAGCUAUCCAACACCUCGGAUGCCGACGAUCGAAGUAUUCCCAUCCACCAAAAAGAAUAUCCCCCACCGACUCCUGCAGGAAACAAUCGAUAAAUCGAAAAGGAACCGCAACGUCCGUUGCUACGCGCGAUGCCGAGAAACGUCUCGACUUCGCUAAGGGGGGGCUACUAUUUCUAAACUAAGUAAAUUCCAUGGUUCCAUAUCAUUUCACUAAUGAUCAACCGAGAAGAUGACCAGCCCGAACGACGGGGAGAAACGCUUCGCUUGGGAUGAUAUCUAUGAAGGGCUGCUGCUAUUGGGGAUCCCGAAACCGGAAGAAUCACGGAUCGAGGGCCGGAGAAAGCGAGGGCACAGGACGCGCGUCUCCGAGAUAUACUGUCCCCACGCGCACCUGAUCCUCAACUUCCAUGAGACCUUAAGUCCCGGCGAAAAGAUCAGAUUCAGGAAACUCUACUCCAGGCGAGUCUCGCCCUCCGAGUCUAACGUCGUCAUCCUGCAAGACGUAAAGGACCUGGUCAUGUACCUACUGGUGACGCCCGUUAGCGUGCAGUUCAUCAACCUGUUUCACCUGCCGAUAACGGACCGCUUCCUGCGGGCCCUCCUGGUGUACUUCCAGUACUACGUAGAUACAUGGGAGGAGCUGGCACGGGAGCGAGCAGCCGCAGCGCGCAAAGCCCCCAACCCAAGGGCCGGCGGAAGUCGCGCGGCCCGUGCUGGGGAGCUCCGCGCUCUGGCAGUCGCCCUCGGCAGGGAAUACGCCGAGUUGCUGCUGGGCUGCGGAGAAACCGCACCGUACCACCACGCGGCAGCGGGCCGUAGGAAUCCCCACACGCGCGUUCAGUCCCAGGGUGAGAAGGACCUUAGGAUCUUCGAGGUCCUACUGGGUGUGGCGCACCGCGUGGUAUGGGUGGCCCUGCAGCGCAAGUACUACAACCCUAUCGAGGUGGAGCUGCACCGUUUGUUCCGGACCGAUGCUUACAACAUGGCGAACAGAAGAACCGGAGGGCUGGUAAACGAGGCGAUUUCCGAAAACGAAGUGAGGAUACUGCACGGACCGGAGAUGCCUCCAAGGCGGAAGCUCCUGAGGAUAUCCCCCUUGAUUCACAAGGUGGUCCACUCCGACUGCGACUUUCGUCUUCUUUCUCUAGGCUUAACCGAUGUGGAGACGCGAGACCCGCGGAUUCUAUAUCUGCGGGAUGCGCUGCUGGCCGAGGAAGAGGCUCUUCCUGAACUCGGCAUUAAGAUCGGCAUCCUGGGCCAGCCGAGGUCCGACUACGACGCCAUGCUCGUGCCGAGCGAAGGGGGGGAAGAGAUCCUGCAGGAUCAGGAUGAAGGAAAGGGGAGCAUCGGGGAGAAACGGAGUUCCCGAUCGGACAGACCGCGCGGGAGCGCGACCAGGCAAGGAGAGCGCGAGAUUUCAAGGAUGCCAGGCUUCGGGGAGGACUCGGAGGUGAGCUCGGAAUUCCCGGGGGAAGCUGCAGAUUCUAACUGCAGAGGACACGAUGCGGCGCGCGAGGCAUCCCGCAGGAAGUGGAUCGCUCGGGAACUAGAGCGUCGACGGAACGAGAGAUGGGAUCUCAGCUCCCUCGGGACCUCCCUCGAGAGAAGGGUCGACCGGUCUAACGAAGCGACUUCCUUCUGAUUGGCUGGACGUUCCUUACGU